AACCAGAAUUAAUUCGACCAUGGCCUCAAAAAGCUUCCUGCUGCUUGGCCUCCUAGUUGUUGCAGCUUCAGUACUACUGGCUCAAACUGAGCCCGUGGUUGCUUCCUACGAGGAGGUUCCGAAGUAUUUCAACCGAACCAAUUUCGGCAGUGGCUUCUUGUUCGGUUCAUCUCAGUCUGCUUAUCAAUACGAAGGUGCAGCGGACAAAAGGGGCGAGACCAUAUGGGACGCAUUCAUUCGCGAUUUCCAAAGUAAGAUUUCAGAUGGCAGCAAUGCUACCGUGGCUAAUGGCUUCUAUUAUCUUUAUAAGGAUGACAUAAAAGUAAUGAAGGCUAUGGGCUUGGAUGCUUUCAGGUUCUCCAUCUCUUGGGCCAGAGUAUUGCCUCAUGGAAAACUAAGUGGAGGAGUGAACGAGAUAGGAGUUGCCUUCUACAACAGUCUCAUUGAUGAACUCCUAAAACACGGUAUAAAACCUUUUGUGACGCUUCAUCACUUUGAUACUCCGGAAGCCCUUGAAAAGGAAUACGGGAGCUUCUUAAGUGAUAAAAUUGUGAAUGAUUAUGGAGACUAUGCAGAGUUCUGUUUUAAAACUUUUGGAGAUAGAGUGAAGUAUUGGAUCACAUUCAAUGAACCAAAUGUUUUUAUUCCACACGGCUAUGAUAGCGGUGAUAUGGCACCUGGAAGGUGUUCUGCAUGGAGGAACAAUAGUUGUCCUGCUGGAAAUUCUGCAACCGAGCCUUACAUAGUUGGCCAUCAUUUGCUUUUGGCACAUGCUGAAGCAGUGAAACGAUACAAGGAGAAAUAUCAAGCAUCUCAAAAGGGAAUAAUAGGAAUAACCAUAAUUGUGGGCGGAAUGUAUCCUCUGUCUGAUCAGGACACACUUGCAGCUAAACGAGUUCAAGAUUUUUUCUCUGGAUGGUUUCUCCACCCAGUCGUCUACGGUGACUACCCACGAAGAAUGAGAGCCCUUGUACGAAAACGAUUGCCAACAUUCACUGCAGCGGAAACCGAGAUAUUGAGAGGGUCAUAUGACUUCAUUGGAGUAAACUACUAUAGCUCGUAUUAUGUGGAGAAUGUUCCGUUCAGUAAUAAGCCAGCUCAUCUCAGCUAUUCAUCAGAUUAUUAUGGCACCCUUGCAACUGAGAAAAAUGGAACCACCAUUGGACCGCUGAAGGGAACCUUGUACUCUGUUCCACAAGGAUUCAGAGACGUUUUGAACUAUAUUAAAACAUACUACAAAAGUCCAACUAUAUACAUUACAGAAAAUGGGACGGGUCAGACGAACAAUCAGACAACUGAAGAAGGAAGAAAGGAUCCAUAUAGGGUGGAUUACUACUAUAGCCAUCUUAAGGCCCUUAAUCAAGCUAUUAAAGAGGGUGUUGAUGUUAAGGGUUAUUUGGCAUGGUCACAACUUGACAACUUCGAGUGGAGUUCUGGUUAUACCAUCAGAUACGGAAUCAACUAUGUAGAUUACGCGACCUUGAAAAGAUACCCUAAAUAUUCAGCUGAUUUUUACAAGAAAUUCCUCCUUAAAUAGUUAAGGAGUCUUAAAUUGUGAAAUGGUCCUUUUUUAAUAUAUGAUGUUACCAAUAAGGUGAAGGUUACCUCUUUGGAAUCUUCUCUUUUCCGUGUCAACCAGGUGUUUCCAAUAAAUUGCGUGUACAAUCAAUCGUUUUCGCAUAGGUUGUGCUUGUUAUGGAUUGUGAUCUAUCUUUUAUAUGAAAUAAAUUUUACUUGGACAGCAA